AUGAGUGCUACCUACCAUGCCCCUCACCUCGUUGCCUACGAUAGUCAUGUUCUCCCCUCGUACCCCUCGGCCGUUGCCCAAGCUCGAGGUCCCAAGGCGGUCAUGGCCGAAGCCGCGAGGGCUGCCCCUCAAUAUCCUCGCUACACCCAACCGACCAACUCAUACUCCCAGCCCCAACAGCCGGUGACGAAUCCUGCUUCCGGUACCAGCCAGUACUCUACAACCUCCCGUCACUCGACUCGCCCGUCAACACCGACGUCGGGCGCCAUCGGCAAGUCGGAUGGUUCUGUCUCGCGAAAGGGCUCUUCAGCUCUCGUUCUGCAUAGCUUGUCCAUACCGAGCUGCAUCAACCCUAAGGGCGGCAACUUGGCAGACUUUGCGGCUCAGAUUACAUGCCUCUUCUGGUUCGAGUCAAUAGAGACGUUGCGAGCGGCCGAGAACAUCCGAUCCCGACCACCAACGGCUACGUUGCCCCGCCUGACCGAAUAUGCGACUCCGUUUUCUCAAUUCAAGAAGUGGGCCUACAGCGUCCUGUCAACAACACAAGUAACGCAAAACGUCAUCCUGCUCGCCCUGCUAUUCGUGUACCGUCUAAAGACAACGAACCCUUCGGUCAAGGGCCGUUCGGGCAGCGAGUAUCGUCUUUUGACGGUUGCCCUGAUGCUGGGCAAUAAGUUUUUGGAUGACAACACGUACACCAACAAGACCUGGGCGGAAGUGUCUGGCAUCACCGUGCAGGAAAUCCACGUCAUGGAGGUCGAGUUCCUCAGCAACAUGCGAUACAGCCUGCUGGCAACAAAGGAGGAGUGGGAGGAGUGGCUCGUAAAGCUGUCCUGUUUCUCAGAGUACUACGAGAGGGCCCAGAAGCAACCGACCUCGCCACUGAGCAAGUCAUUCACUUCACCAGUGUCCUCGCCCACUGCUACAAUCCAGCCCGCCGCCUCGUUCCCGCCUUCAACGCCUUCCGCCGCGAACGUAUUCUCACCGAACACGGCCAUCCCGAACACAACCCAAACAUGGCCUUCGACCUACCAUAACGCCCCGAUAUCCCCGCUUUCUGGUAAGCACGUUGCGGGUAUGAUUACCCGUAAGAGAAGCCCGGAGGACGAUGUUGUGGAGCCCCCCGCGAAGCGACUUAGCAGACAGCCCAACACGAUGCCUCCAGUCACCCGACCGCAAGUGGUCAGCGAACAACCCAUGCGCCUUCCUGUUCCUAGCCUAUCGCUGAACACCAACCCGGCUCCCGCACAGGCCCAGAUGUAUCCUGCCACGACCGCCUACCCCACGCAGCAACAUGUCUCACUGCCGCCUUUGAGCAAUGGUGUCCGUGCCAUGACGACUGUUUACCCUCCUGCCACAACAGUCUCGAUGCCCCAGUUGCCCAUGCCAACUACAACUUCGAUGCCCCAGACAUCGCUUACACCGUCGAACGUCUCGAUGCACAGCGUUAUGGGAUACGGCACGCCAACCAAGAGACACAGCCCCGGAAGUCUGUCGGUGUACGCCUCGUCGCCGCUAGGCGAGCAGUUUCCUACGUCGGUUAUGCAUACUCCGAUUGCACAUACGCCCAUUUCGCACUCUCCAAGCGUAUACCUUCAGCAGCGGCCCAGUCCGUACAAGCCUAUUCGGCACGUCAACACGCUUCUUUACCCCCCACCGUCGGCGUCUCUAAACGAAUAUCAUCUGCCAACAACGCAGAUGCACUACCAGCCUCUGGGACGACGGAACGAUCUGCGAACCGGCGUUGUCCCCGAGUUUAUGCACGCGCCCUAUCGGAUGAGCGCGCAAAUGCCCCAUAUUCCACACGGUCUGCCGCAGGGGCCAUACCCGAACUAG